CAUCACCAUCUUCAAGCUGUCGUCUUCAUCCUCGUUAUACAAAGGAUGUGAUGCUGUCCAGGAGCAAUUUGAGCGCUUGGCAAGCACUGCUUGUUGCCAUCUUUGUUAGGGUCAUGAUGACUUCCGACUAGCGCGGGAGAGACUCUAACCCGGUUGGUGGGCCUGAGUUGAGGAAGGCGGGAAUUUGGUCAUCUCCCUUCGCCCUCUGGCUGCUCCAGCCAGCGGGUCGGCUUUGAGUAGCGCAGGCUCCCAGACCCACACCGAAGUCACCCGGGGGGGACUUCCAGAUGGGGGAUGAGGGGCCGGGAAGCACGGUUCACCUGCUGUGCCUUGCGGCCUCCAGCGGGGUCCCCCUGUUCUGCAGGAGCAGCAGCGGCGGCGCCCCCUCCCGUCAACAGGUGGGGCAUUGAACUCCUGCACCUAACUAGAAGGGAUCUGGGAAGCUGGGAUUGCACACCUCGCAGGGAGCAGCUUCCCUUCUCUGUCAUCGGCUCCCUCAAUGGAGUACACAUGUUCGGGCAGAAUCUGGACGUGCAACUGAAUUCGGCAAGAACGGAAGGCACAACUGUGGUGUGGAAGAGCUUCCAUGACAGCAUCACCCUCAUCCUUCUGUCAUCUGAGGAGGGCACCUCCGAGUUGAGUCUAGAAAGAACGCUCGACAUGGUGUUUGGGGCCAUGGUUCUCAUUGUGGGACUUGAGGAGCUGACCAACAUCCGGAACGUAGAGAGACUGAAGAAAGAAUUAAGGGCCAGCUACUGUCUCAUUGACAGCUUCCUGGGGAACUCCGAGCUCACUGGGGACCUGACCCAGUGUGUGGACUGUGUCAUUCCUCCGGAGGGCUCCCUCAUGCAGGAAACCCUCUUAGGGUUCGCAGAGGCCACCGGCACGGCCUUUGUCAGUCUGCUGGUAUCAGGCCGAGUGGUGGCAGCGACUGAGAGCUGGUGGCGCCUGGGCAUGCCUGAAGCCGUGCUGCUCCCCUGGCUGGUGGGGUCCCUGCCACCUCAGGCCGCUCGCGACUACCCGGUGUACCUGCCACAUGGGAGCCCCAAGGUCCCGCAUAGGCUGUUGACCUUAACGCUGCUGAGGGGACUGGAGCUGUGUCUGCUGUGUGGGCCGCGCCCGCCCCUCGGCCAGCUGGAGCCACAGCUGUUGGAACGCUGGUGGCAGCCACUGCUGGAGCCCCUCCGGGCCUGCCUGCCACUUGGCCCUAGGGCGCUACCCGAAGGGUUCCCGCUGCACAGUGACAUCCUCGGCCUGCUGUUGCUCCACUUGGAACUGAGACGCUGCCUCUUCACUGUGGAGCCGUCACCAGAUAAAGGUGCACAGGGAAGCCGCGGAACCAGGGCCUGCAGAGAAAGAAGAGGAUGCAGCCCACCCAGCCCAGAGGCCCAGAGCUUGCUACCUUGUGCUAGGGCCAGGCAUGGGGUGGCAGCUGGUGGCUCUGCAGCUAGGGCUGCGGCUGCUCCUGUUGAUGCUGUCUCCUCAGAGCCCCACCCAUGGGCUGCGAAACCUUGCCACCCACACCCUACAAGCCCUUACCCCGUUCCUCUGAUCACCCAGGGGCAGGCAGUCAAUAGACGGGGUAACAUUAGCGUCUCUCUGUUUAUUCACUCACAAUAAUACACGCCCCAGAUGGGGAGAGAGGGGAGGGCGGGCGACAAUGGGGGGGAGGGGAGGAGGUACCGACUUCUCUGGCUCCUCUCCCCUCUGUGCUCCGGGGGACAAGGGAGGGAGGGUGCUUCCCUUGACCCCCCCAGAAUGUAAACAGCAGCAGAUGAACAAAACUAAAAAUACAAAAGGCCAGAGGAAGCUCAGGCAGGCCUCCAUCCCUGGGGUCUUCGCUGUCACCACCGGAGGUCUCCUCGCUGCCCCCUCCACCACAGCUGCCUCCAUCCCAGGGCUGCCUGGCACUGGCCACAUCCCAGAGCAAGUCCAGGGCUCAGAACUGCUGGGCCAGCAACUCACACAAGUGACGGGAGACAGGCUCUUUGCUGGUGCGCAGGGUCAGGCGGUACAUCUGUGUGGAGAUGGCAGCCAUGAGAUGAGGGAGCCCAGAAGGGGUCAGAAAAGUCAGGUCAGUGAAGAUGGAAGACACAGGAAGGAGGGUUGGGAACAGGGAAUGUGGGGGCACAGCGAGGUCCUCCCUCAUUACUCACUUGGGCCUGGGCAUUGGGCUCCAGCCGAAGCAGACACCCCACCUGCAGGGCUUUCGUCUGGAUGAUUCCAGCACCCACGAAGUUCUCAGGGUUAGGGUCCACAUUGUCCAGUAGAGCAGAGCCAAACCCCAGAAGCUAGAAAGGGAUGGGUAUUGAAGCAGAGCUGAGAAGCCUCUAGACUACCUCAGGCCAAACCCUCAUGGGUGAAAACUGAUCUAUCCAGCGGCCAGCACCCAGUAAAUGCCCAGCCUCUCUCUCACCUUGGCCUUAGUAACUUCAGCAUCCAUGGGGUGGUUGGCUUUGAAUAUUUUCUGUGCUUCCUGCAGGGGGCUGGCAGGUUGAAAGCACUGUCAAGCCCAGGAGACGCUGCCCUGCCCCGCCCCUCAGCCCAGCUCCCUCCACCUCUCAACCCCGCCCCUCACAGGCUCAGCUGCUUCCAGCGCUGGAAAAAGUCUUGGGCAGCCAUCUCCGUGGGCUGGAAGAAUUUGUUGAUGGUCACUGGUAGCUUCAGAGUGAGGGACUGGGCGGUGCCACCGUACCUGAACAGAUGAGAGCAGCUCACCAGGCCCCAUCCCUGAAGACCAGCCUCAUUGCCCCCCCACCCCCCACUUUGCUCCUUCCCACUCACCGGAAGCGCACAGACAGCAGCGGAGGCGUCAGAAAGUCUCGCAGACACUCGAUGUUGAGCACCUGCUGCACCUGGGCACCACCGUCCACUUGCGCGGCCACACGCUUCGUCUGCACCACCAGCUGUGGCCAUGGAGUUAAGGAGGCCAGGAACAGGGGUGGCACAACCUGAGCGUCUGUCAGAGGCUCUGAGGGUCAACCGCAGACUCACAGACUUCCUCCUGUGACAUCUGGGACACCCAGGGAUCUCCAAUGGGUGACAAACCACAUGGAUCAUGGUGGGCAAGAUAGUAUUUUCUUAGCCUCAAGUGCAAAUUGGGUACAUGUAAAAUGUCCUGAGGAGCCAAGAAACCACCCACCAUUAGAACAUAUCUGUCUGAGUAGCAGUGGCCACACAGCCAGAUGGAAGUAAUCAGUGUCACCUUUGUGCUCAGGCCUGACUUCAUGUCAGGAACAUGUACAAGGUUGGCUGGUACCUACACCCUACUGGCACUGCCCUACUUCGGACAUAAAACUGUCUGCCCUGGGUUCUGGUCAACAAAGCAGAGGGUGAAGAACUAGCUGUUCUGGUCUCACACAUGUGGACUGAGGACAAUAUAAAAAAAAGAGGGGGCCUGGAUCUGCCAUACACCUUCCAGAACAUCCCAACUGCUCUUUCAAAAUGGCAGGAAGCCAGGUUUGCUGGUGCACACCUAUAAUCCCAGCACUUGGCAGGCAGAGGCAGAUGGUUCAUCUUGAAUUCAAAGCCAGUUCAAUCUGUAGAGUAAGUGGAGCCACCCUAGGCCACAUAAACAGCUUCAAAAACAACCAACAGCCCUCCUAGCAGAAGAAAGGAGAGUUACUUUUCCUGGAGGAAAGUUAGGAGGCAGGCCACACAGCUGAGGUGCUGCAGGGCCGGCAGAGUGUGCAGCAUUCUUGGUUAACCUGACUGCAGGAGCCUCUAGCCCCAUAGCAUGAAGCCACACACAGACAUCAGCAAAGGUAAGGUGCCUGGCAGGGUAGUUGGGGUGUUGGAAGUCAUAUAUUCUGUACAUUGGGUUACUGUCAUUUGUCCCUGGGUAGAGAGGCCUACCUACUGUUCAAACAGUCUUAGAAGUGACAUGUGCCUAACUCUGAGUGAGGGGCUGAACAGGUAUGGAGCCGAGUGUUGCUUCCCAGAGGACUACAGGGGUGGGGUGGGCACCCUCCAGGCCAAGAGCAGAGGAUAUGAGUCUGCAGGUCUCCGGGGUGGACCACAGUGGGCGAGAAGCUCUGGAACUGCACAGAAGUCUUGUUGCCAUAGAACAGGUACAUCCGGCCUGCAGCGGGUGGGUGAAGGCUCCAUCCAAGCUCCCCCGUUCCCAUACCCUGCCACCAGCCCAGCCAGG